UACACGCAGACAGUUAGUUAGUCAGUCAGUGAGUGGGAGAGGCAUCGGCACGUCGCGAUCGUAGAGAUUUGUUUAUAACGUGUAUAUUUGCAAUUCGCUAGUCAGUUAUUUGACUGAUACUGUGUAAAGUUAAAGUGCGACAACUUCUGAGGCUCAAUGCCGACAGUAACCGGGCGAAAAAGUGUUUUUACCAAAGAGAAUAUCACAUUUCAUCACCAUAAAAAUUAAACUCGUUAAGAUAAAAAAUAUAAACAAGGCAUAGGGCCAUAACCAUAUGAACUACUACACAGGUGUUUGAAUACUACCGUAUCAAAGUUGGCGAUAAUAACAUCCAAUAAGACAAAAAUAAAGCUGAGUUCGCUGCUAGCGACUCGCGAGUACAAUAAUUGCCCGAUUUUAUAGCAUAAACAUUAGAUAUUGAAUUCCUUCGAUAACUCUGACGUAGGAACUAUUUAUUAGUAUUCCGGUAUCGAGCCCUCAGAGCAUAUAUAUUUUAACGGAGACCCGCGAAUCGAAUCCUCAAUUGUAAAGCUCAAGUGACGGUUGACAGACGUGGUCGAUCUUAACGGUUGGGUUAAGCCAAAGUGUUAGUGUUGUAAAGUGCUGUACAGCUAUUAUUUGUGGAGGAAACACUUUUAAAAUGGGUUUCAACUCCAAGUACCACAUCGAUGUUGACUUUGAGGUGCCCAAGAAGCUGCAAUGGUAUUAUGCUCCAGCUUUCUUUGGCUUCUGGUUUGUCCUCUAUCUGUGCCUGGUCAACACCCAGGUGAAUCACAUACCCAAAGGACUAACCCGCAGUGAGGAGGCAUCCCAUCCUGACUCCUUUAUAGCACAACGGGCUGAGGAUACACUCAUUGAGCUGACCCGCAUUGGACCCCGUGUGGUGGGCAGUGUUGCCAACGAGGUGACCACUGUCCAGUUCCUCAGGGAUGAGGUGGCCAAGGUGCAGGCCGAGGCAAGCGAACGCUUCGAGAUUGAGAUCGAUGUGCAGCAGGCAUCCGGCGCAUAUAUGCACUGGAUCAUGGUCAACAUGUACCAGGGCAUUCAGAACGUGGUCGUCAAGUUGAGCGAGAGGGGAAACACGAAUGAGAACUACCUGCUCAUCAAUAGUCACUACGAUUCAGUGCCCGGCAGCCCGGGUGCUGGCGAUGAUGGAUCCAUGGUGGCCACCAUGCUGGAGGUGAUGCGAGUCAUUGCCAAAUCGAAUGAUUCCCUAGCCCAUCCCAUUGUCUUUCUGUUCAAUGGUGCCGAGGAGAAUCCAUUACAGGCUUCGCACGCCUUCAUCACCCAACACAAGUGGGCCAAGAACUGCAAAGCUCUCAUCAAUCUGGACUCGGCAGGCAGCGGUGGCCGUGAGAUCUUGUUUCAGUCCGGGCCUAAUCAUCCCUGGCUCAUGAAAUAUUAUCGUAAGGUGCCUCAUCCAUUUGCCAACACAUUGGCCGAAGAAGUUUUCCAGGCUGGUUACAUUCCAUCCGACACAGACUUUCGCAUCUUCCGGGACUAUGGCGGUGUUCCCGGCCUGGACAUGGCCUACAUAUUCAAUGGCUACGUCUAUCAUACUAAAUUCGAUCGUGUGAACGUCUUUCCACGAUCCUCCUUCCAACACACCGGUGACAAUGUGUUAUCCUUAGCCAGAGCCCUGGCAAAUGCCCCCGAACUGGAUAACACUGCGGCUCAUGCUGAGGGUCACAAUGUCUUCUACGAUUUUCUGGGCUGGUUCAUCAUUUUCUACACAGCAACCACCAGUAUUAUUAUAAACGUGGUCAUCAGUGUUGUUGCUCUUCUGGCCAUUGGCGUCUCCAUCUACUUUAUGUCUGUUCGAUCGGGCUGUAGCCUUUCAGGUGUCCUGAUGCGCUUUGGCAUUAUAUUCGGCAUUCAAUUGGUCUCCUUGGCUCUGGCUUUGGGUCUGGGUCUUCUUGUAGCUCUCUUCAUGGAUGGCGUAGACCGUUCGAUGAGUUGGUUUACACAGAUGUGGCUUAUAAUCGGAUUAUAUGUAUUCCCAAUCAUCUUUGGCAUGAGCAUAUUGCCCGCUUUUUAUCUCGAAAAGACUAAAAAAGAUCUUCUUAGUCUUGGAUUCCGAGUGCAACUCUUUAUGCAUUCCCACUGCGUUUGUCUGGUUAUUCUGCUAAUUACUCUGACGGCCCUCGGUAUACGAUCUGCUUGUUUUCUCAUGCUCUGCGUAUUCUUCGAUAUCAUAGCACUAAUUAUCAAUUUGGUAACCAAAUGGCAUCGCAAAGCUUAUUGGUUUGCCAUCGCUGUCAUGAUCUGUCAGAUACUACCCUUCACUUACUUCACCUAUAUCCUCACAGCACUUCUCAUGACCAUAAUUCCAAUGCAGGGACGUUCUGGAGCCGAAUCCAAUCCAGACAUGGGCAUAGCUGUGGUCACCUGGCUGUUUGCCCUUAUGUUUGCGGGUUUCAUCGUUCCUCUCAUCAUGUUUUUCCGCAAGACGAGAACAAUAGUCCUGUGCUUCUUGGCAGGCACAAUUUUGUUCAUCAUCCUUGCGGUAACAAAUGUCGGCUUUCCAUAUCAGCCAAAAACAUCCACUCAACGUUACGCCCUCAUACACGCUCAUAGAGUGCUUCAUAAUGCCGAUGGUACAACCCGCACAGAUGAGAGCGGCAUUUAUAUUUAUCCACAGGAUCGACGCAUCCAUAUUGCCGAUGAUGAGCUUAAGGCUUUGGGCCACGCCCACAAGGUCAGCGAGUUCUGCGAUGAGGAAAUGUUUUGUGGCAUGCCAUUAUACAAUCAUCGUUGGCACAAGGAUCGCGAGUAUAGCUUGUGGAUACCGACUAAUCUGAAGCCACAAAUACCUACUGCCUAUCCAAGUCUAACACUACAGGAGAUUACAGAGCUGGAAGAUUCUACAAAAAGGCGUUUUAAUUUUUCAUUGGUCGGACCCGAUCACAUGACCAUCUUUGUGAAUGUCAAGAAUAAUGCCAAGCUGCUGGAUUGGUCCUUCAAUGAGACUCUAAUUAGGGAGAAUGAACCGCCGCCACAUUUUGUGUAUUUCUCCUAUGGUCUGGACAACAGUGCCCUUGAGUUUACCAUCGAUGUUGAGACAACAUCAUCCUUUGACACACCCACGUUGGAAAUUGGCAUUGGCGGCCAUUGGGUUCAUCAUGAAAACACGAGAUCACAGGGCUUAAGCGAUCAUAUUGAUAAUUUCCCAUCUUAUGCCUAUGUACAGGCCUGGGUAGGCACCUACGAGAGCUGGUAUUUCUAAACGAACAAUAGAAAUUAGUCUAAUAUAGAUAUCGAUAUUUGUUUACUAAUUGUAGUCCUUAAGAAGUUAUAUAAUUAUAGUACCAUUGUCCCAUUAAUUGUAAUAUACUUCCAUAGAAUCUGAUAAAUAAAUCUAUUUAGUUGUUUUUGUAUUAA